GACAAUUUUCCUCUCCUUGUUUGACACGCCCCUGGAAAGUACAAUAAAGAUUUUAAAUGUUCAAAAAUUAAAUAGGUGCUGAUACGUGGGGAACAGUGGACACAUUCGUUGGAAGGAAUUUUAUUCGUCCAUUUCGUGAACAUCAUGUUGACCCAACAGCAAUUACUAGGCACGACUUUAUUGAAGUGAACGGUGACAAUUUUAUGUUAUGUAUUCCAAAACUUACACAAAUUGCUUGGCAACAUUGUACUUCACUUCCUAAUGAAAAAGGAGAAUUAGAAGAAGUAUUAGCUUGGCAUUGGUUUUGGUUUCUUUUCGGCGUUUAUAUCGCAAUGACUAAUCAAAUUCAUAAAUGGUCGCACAGCUAUACUGGACUUCCUACUUGGGUUUUGGCAUUACAGGUGUUUAUUUUUACUAAUUUAAAAAUGGGUUUUAAAACUUUCAUCCUAUGA